AUGUCCAACCAUAUGAGCACAGAAGUCGCCAUCAAGAACCUGGAGAUACAAGUGGGGCAAUUAGCCAAACAAAUGGCUGAAAGACCCACUAGUAGCUUCGGAGCCAACACAGAAAAUAACCCGAAGGAAGAAUGCAAGGCGGUGUGGACUAGAAGCUCGCAGAGAACUGAAGGAGACCAGUCUGAGGAAGGAAGGGCAGACAAAGACAGAGAGAAAGAAGAGGAGAAAAAGGAAGAAAAAGAAGGAGAGAAGACAGUCUUAAUCCCUAAGACCAAAAGCCAGUUAGCCCGAGAGGCUAGGAAAAAAGAGCCACCAGUCCCUCUAAAGGAGCCUCCAUAUCCUUUAGUGCCAUCAAAGGAGAAUACGGAGCGUUACUUCAAGCGUUUCUUAGAAAUAUUCAAGGGGCUGGAGAUAACCAUGCCAUUUGGGGAAGCCUUACAGCAGAUGUCGCUCUACACCAAAUUCAUGAAGGACAUCCUCACCAAGAAGGAGAAGUACAUUGACAGCGAAAACAUUAUGGUGGGAGGCAACUGUAGUGCAGUGAUACAGAGGAAGCUGCUAAAAAAUUCAAAGACCCCGGGAGCGUGA